AACCAUGUCCUCCUGAAGAAGAAGAAGAAGAAGAAGAAGAACUCUGCACAAUCUUGAAUUAUUGAUUCCUCAGCUUUCUGCAAUUCAAUGGCGGCGGCUGCUAUUAGAAGCAACUACUUGAGGAAGAGAGGAGUUUCCAUAUCCAGCAGCAGAAUCUGCCAUGGCCGCCCUUUCUUCACAGCAGGCGGCCAACCAUCUCCGGACACCCAUUCAUCAUCAUCAUCUUCUUCUUCUUCUUCAUCAUUUGCACAGAGAUUAAGGGAUCUUCCCAAGGACUUCCCUGCCACUAACAUCAAGAAGGAAGUCUCUCAGCUGAUUGGGAGGACACCUCUUGUUUACCUCAACAAAGUUACAGAAGGGUGUGGUGCUUAUGUAGCUGUAAAACAAGAGAUGAUGCAACCUACGGCAAGCAUCAAGGAUCGACCCGCAAUGGCAAUGAUUGCUGAUGCAGAAAGGAAAGGUUUGAUCGCACCUGGUAAGACAACGUUGAUUGAGCCGACAUCCGGGAAUAUGGGGAUCAGCAUGGCAUUCAUGGCGGCGAUGAAGGGGUACAAAAUGGUGUUGACAAUGCCCUCAUAUACAAGCAUUGAGAGAAGGGUGACUAUGAAAGCAUUUGGGGCUGAUUUAGUCCUUACAGACCCAACCAAAGGAAUGGGUGGAACUGUGAAGAAAGCUUAUCAGCUUCUGGAUUCCACACCUGAUGCUUUUAUGCUUCAACAGUUCUCUAAUCCUGCAAAUUCCCAAAUACACUUUGAGACAACGGGUCCUGAAAUAUGGGAAGAUACUCAGGGAAAUGUGGACAUUUUUGUUAUGGGAAUUGGAAGUGGUGGCACAGUCUCUGGUGUUGGACAAUACCUUAAAUCUCAAAACCCCAAUGUUAAGAUUUAUGGAAUGGAGCCAGCUGAAAGCAAUGUACUAAAUGGUGGCAAACCAGGUCCCCAUCAUAUUACUGGAAAUGGUGUUGGUUUCAAGCCUGACAUCCUUGACAUGGAUGUAAUGGAAGAAGUUCUCAUGGUUUCUAGCGAAGAAGCAGUGAACAUGGCCAGACAGUUGGCACUUAAGGAAGGACUCAUGGUCGGAAUAUCAUCCGGAGCUAACACGGUCGCUGCAUUAGCUCUAGCCAACAGACCCGAAAACAAAGGAAAACUCAUCGUGACAGUGCAUCCAAGCUUUGGGGAGCGGUACUUGUCGUCUGUCCUUUAUGAAAACCUUAGGAAAGAAGCUGAGGCAAUGCAACCAGUUCCUGUUGAUUAAGUGGUCUAGGAUAUCCCAACAAAUAUGUUAUCUAAACCUCAUGUCCCACUCUUUAGAUGCUGCCGUGCAACACAGAAAUAUGGUUUGGCUCCAUUGUUGUGCAAUGUGAUAAGAGUAGGACAUGAAGGUGUGAUAACAUCUUUGAGACAGAUGAUCCGUUCUCCUAUGCGUGUGUCACAUGCUCACACAUAUACAAACUUUCCCGCAUUAUUGUAUUCAAAUUAUGAAAAGUGUGGGAAUCUCACAUUUGACACCAUAUUGUCUGACAGUUCACCGCACAAACAGUUACUGUCAGUCCGUGUUGUAAGUUGAUGUCAAAUGCGGGGUUUCCCUAAAUAAAAGGGCCUCGGUGUGUCAUGGUUCCCUUGAGCAUUCCCAAUGAAAAUCUUCAUUUUAUUUGUAAGCUCCCAAUGAAUUCUAAACAUAUCAAAAUCAAUUUAUUGGAUUCGA